AUGAUUGAGAGCUUUGUGAAUAACGUUAAUAGCCUGGGCACAGCAAGUUUAUUGUCCAGGCUAAAAAGUAUUCAAGGCUUGCUUGAGCGAUUGAGUGGUUCUGGUUCUGAAUCGGAAAUGAUGAGUUUACUCGAGCAGGUUAAGGAUCUUGUUGAUAUCACCUCGACACUAGAUAACCUAGUGACUAGGGAGCGACGGAAUCCUUCAUUGAUUCUACAGCCCCUUUCGGAGAGCGACCAAUUACACCUGUGUCGCAUCUGUACUGAGACGGCUGUAAUUACGGAUGAAUUCAUCGAGCUCCUUGAACCAUUGGAAUCUAUCCUCAAAGAAUCUAACCACUACGAAAGCCACUUAAGGGGCGAGAAGUGGUAUGAUGAAACCUUCCAGACGUGGAAACUUCGCACGGAAGUUUUACGAAUGCUCUUCUCAGCGAUUACUCUUCUCUACCAUAAGAAUAACACCGAUGAGAAUGGCAACUUGUCUGCUGAAACGAAGGCUUGUGCAUAUAGAAUGGACCACCAAAUCCAAUUGAUCAAGUCAGAAGUCCGUAGGAUUGACGAGCAUGAAUCAAUUAGAAUAAGAGAGGCUGUCAAAGUUGUAAGCGACCUCAAGCUACAUCUCCCAUUAUAUACGAAUAAACAUUAUAUCCUUAGAGGAGCCAACUCAUUUUACACUGGUAGAAAACCCCAAAUGGAGGUAUUGAGGGGUGCGUUCUGCGAUCAAACCUAUUCCGGCCAGAGGAGAUUCGUCAUAUAUGGCUUAGGAGGCUCCGGAAAGACGGAGCUAACGCUUAAGUAUGCGGAGACAUAUAGGAAUGACUACUGGGGUGUAUUUUUCAUCGAUGGUAGCAGUAGAGAUAGGGUAUUCAGUAGCUAUGCCGAGAUUGCAGCCAUCGGUGGAGUUGGGCCAAACGAAAAAGCUGCUAAAAAUUGGCUAACUACUCGCACUCUUCCGUGGUUACUUAUCAUUGAUAAUGUUGAUGAAGAAGAAGUUCAACUUGAAGACAUGCUACCACCAGGAGAAAAGGGAUGCAUAUUAAUCACAUCCCGCAACCCAGCCCAUAAGAGAUACGGUACCGUCGGUGAAAGAUACUUGGAACUGAAUCCCAUGGAGCAAAAGGAGGCUAACGAACUUAUCCUUAAGGCAGCGGAAGAGCCGAGCCCAUGGUCCAAGGCAGUCGUGGACUACGCGACUACGAUUUGUCGCGCGUUGGGUUUCUUGCCGUUAGCUUUAGUACAUGCAGCCAGGGCUAUUCUAGAAGGCAUUUCCGACUGGAAAGGAUAUCUGAAUACUUAUGACAAAUAUGUCAAUAAGAUCCGCCGUGAUUACCGCCACCAGAGUAGGAGUCAAUCGAACUCUAAGUCAUAUCUCGACAAAAGCAUGAACGUUUUCUCAUCCUAUGAGAUCUUAUACCAUUCGUUGGAAAGGCCAGAACAAGAGUUCCAGGACGCAAUCGACUUGCUUCAUGUAUUUUCUUACUUCCAUUUCCAAAAUAUUCGGCUUGAUAUCCUAGAGAACGCAGCCAGUAAUCCAUUCAAAGAAGAACAAGAAAGGGAAAGCGAACAGAAAAGGGACCAAGGUAGAAUUCAAACGCCAGUAACGCCUACUCGGAAGCCGUUAUCCAUGCUCCUCCGGGAGGCAACAUUUUGGCUGAAGCGAGAAUACUUUUGGACUCCCUUACCUCUACCCGCGGCGUUGAGGAAGCCGAAUAACAUGUCUCAAGCUGCUUUCGAGGGCGAGGUGCGUAUUCGGCUUACUAAUGCACUACGGGUUCUCACGAGGCGAUCACUCAUUAUAAGGCAAGAUAGACUUGAAAUUGGCCGAUACAGUAUGCACCCGCUGGUUCAUAAGUGGCUUAGGGAGCGCCCCGAAAUAUCGAUAUCAGAGCAAUCACUCUGGUGUCAAGUCGCGGCGACAACUUUAGCAAGGAGUAUUCCUCUGCCCCCUCUUGGAGAGACGGAGGUUGAGAGGCAAAUGAGACGCGAGCUCCUUCCCCAUGCUCUUCACAUUCGCGAACGCCGGGAGGAGAUUAGAGGGAUUUUAAUAGAAUACCGUGAUCCUAGGAAGUCAAGUUGGCGGAAAGCAGAUGGUGAUUUCAGUAGGGUACAAGCUGACGAGUCAGGACGCUUAAGCCGCAUGUACUACGAUUGCGGUUUGUACCGAGAGGCCAGGGAGCUUCAAUCCAAAACAAGAGAGUGGAUUAUCCAGCAGCUUGGGGAGGAUCACCAGUUCUCUAUCAGACUCACUCUAUUCCUUUCAGAGACCCUCCGAUCGUCGACGAUGAUAGAUGAAGCGACCAAGUUACAACGCCGUGCUCGUCAGCUUUGCGUAACUUCGUUAGGCGAAGACCACCCAUUAACAUUGGAAGUGACAGAAAUAUUAGGGAUGACACUUUGUUUUAAAGGUCGAUGGGCAGAAGCUCUUGGCAUACACGAGAAAAACGUGGAAAGACUUAGCGAGGUGUAUGGACCAAAGCACGAAAAAACAUUGAAAGCCAUUCGGAACUGUGCUGCCGUGGACUAUCGUAAUAUGGAUUACGAGAAAGCUACAGGGCGGCUACAGAUGGCCUGGGAAAGCAUGAAGGAACUUCUAGGCGAGACCGAUGCGGAAACACUGUGGUUCCUUCAGGACCUAGCGACAAGUUAUCUACGAUACGACGAUGAACACUCCACCAAGGCAUCACCGCAGCAGCUGAUUCAGAGCCACGAUCACUUAAACUUCAUCACCAAGCAACGCCGGGAGACCCUAGGGAGGGAACACCCCUUCACUCUCCUUGCAAUACUGCAUCUAGCUCGAUUGAAAUCUUCAUUGGGGAAACACGAAGAAGCGAAGAAGAUCAUGGACGAUAACUUAAAAAUUGCCGUACGAAAUCAUGGAGAAGAUCACAUCGCAGUAAUAGCCGCGAAGACACAUUAUGCCAAUAUCCUCGUAGAGCUAAACCAAUACGAGGAAGCGGAGCAAAUAUUCAAUUUAGUCACGCAGAAGGCACGAUACAAAUUGUUCACGGAUGAGGAUGGCGACCAUCCGGAUCGGAUUUCUGCAAUGUGGUUCCAGGUCAAAUGCUUAGACAAGCAGGGUAAAUCCGCGGGCGCGUUAAGGCUGUGCGACAGUAUCCUUAUAGCGCUUAGAGACGUAGGUGGAAACAGGCUCGGUCUGAAUCACAAGAUUGUUAGAAUGGUGGAGAGGAAGAAAGCCGAGCUAGUUCAACAGAUCAGUCCCGUUGACUGA